UUGUUCCUCCUCUCCGCCUGACACCGGCAGUCUGCUGUUUCUCCUCCGCAGUGGUGAAACUCCACCAGGUUGUGUCAACCAUGUUGGCGGUGUGUUUGAGGCUGCUUUUGCUCCUCCCCCUGGUUUGCUGUGUCCCCUCCCCCUCUAGACCGCCUGUCAGGCUCUGCAGACGAUGCUGCGACCACCAGGAGCCGCCACAAGCCACAGCCCAAUACCAGAUGCCAGAGGUCCGCACUGUCAUCAACAUGACCAUCCUCAAAGGUGAUAAAGGAGACAAAGGUGACAAAGGCACACCUGGAAAACCUGGUCUGGAGGGCCCUUCCGGCUACCGAGGACCCCUGGGCCCUAAAGGCAGCAAAGGCCAGGCGGGUGCUCCCGGGGACGCCUGCAAGAUCCCUCACUCUUCCUUCUCGGUGGGACGUCGAAAGUCCCUGCACAGCGUGGACUACUACCAGGCACUGGUGUUCGACACGGUGUUCGUCAACCUCCACGAGCACUUCAACAUGUUCAAGGGCAAGUUCUACUGCUACGUGCCGGGGAUCUAUUUCUUCAACAUCAACAUCCACACCUGGAACUUCAAGGAGACCUACCUCCACCUGAUGCACAACGACAACGAGCAGGUGAUCCUGUACGCUCAGCCCAGCGAGAGGUCCAUCAUGCAGAGUCAGAGCGUCAUGCUGGAUCUGGCUCUGAACGACGAGGUGUGGGUCCGGCUCUACAAGAGGGAGAGGGAGAACGCCGUUUACAGUGACGACGUGGAUGUUUACAUCACCUUCAAUGGAUACCUGGUGGCACCAAGCAUCCAGUGAGAACAGGACAGAGGGAAUAAUGGGAGGAUUGGCAGAAUCUCUGGGUCAAAUAUUUUUCUUUUUUUUUUUUUCUUUUUUUUUUUUUUAUUGCCGUGGAUACUGCUUUGUGCCGAGGAAGAAGAACUAACUAGAAGACAUUUACAAGUUUUGGUGCUUUUGAAAUAUUCCUCUCAGCCUGGAGAGGAACAUACUGUGCCCUCUUAAAUGUGGACCUGCCAAAAAUAUUAGAAUCAAAAGGAACAAUAAAAAAAAGGGGAAAAGGUAUCACAGCACACAAUUAGGAAAGAAUGUUGAAUUACUUCCUUUGCACUAGAAAUACACUUUUGUACAAAGCCAGACUUUUUUUUCUUCUUCUUUCUGUGCUGUGCUAGUUUUUCCUCUUGGGUUUCUCCUUUCAGGGACUUUGUGUAAAAAGUUUUAUCACUUAUCAGGAAUCAUAAAUCUGUGCAAUCAUUUAUAUAUUUGUGCCAUGAUGCUUCUUAACACGGGCAGAGUGCUGUCAUACCUUUCACUUCUUGCCUUUCAGAAGAACACUUUAAAGGGUCAGUUCACUCUACGCAACAAAAAAACAAAACAAAACAAACACAUUUUGCCACUUACCCUGAUGGUGUGUAACCAUGCAGAUAGUUCAGAUUGUAUUUGCUGAAGUUAAGAGCUCCUUCAACCUGAUGUAAUGAUGUUACAUCAUAAUACAUUAAACUGCUGCAGGAAAUUUGAAAGCGCUGUCUACCGACAGGCCCGCAACAAGAGGCUGGUAGAGUCCAUGACCCGGUCUGAAUUAUACUCAGUCUAAUUGCAUGUGAAAGGGUCACAUUUUAAUGCCACGUUGUGAAAUAGGACUUUCAAUUAUUUGUAUAAAUUAGCAUUUGAAACUAAUUAUUUUUUUGCAAUUAGUUUCUAUGAUAUUAUUAAUAGAUUGUUGCUCUUUUUGACCACGGUUACUUUUUAAUUGAUAGCACACCGUGCUUCUGCCGGUGUUGGUGACCAUAUUUUAGUUGGGGUCUAAUUAUCUUCUGGUCCAUGUGAAACCACUGAGACUGUGCUCUGAAACUGAGUUCAUACAUGAUUUGAGUAGGUUUUCCAGGGGUGUGUUUCGCAUCCAGACCAACAUUUUGGACAUUUUGUGGGGUGGAGGGUUAGGGUCUCACCUAUUAAACCUCCUCUGGAAGGAUCAGUGGUGAGAGGCGUCUUCUGGCUCUGGCCCACCCUCUCUUCUCUCGAUGUACUGUAGACUGUUCAUCUUUCAUUUUAAGGGUAACUGGAUGGCAGAGAUCAGAACGGUCUCACUGAGCAAAAAGAUAAAGCAAAGAGUUCAUUCCAUAUCAUCUGGACAUGGCACACCUCAACAUCUCUCUCUUGUGCCGUCUCACAGAUGUGUCACAGUGGAUAAUUACAGUGUGUCGACAGUCCUGACCCUUGAAUCUCUUCCUACAAAACCCUAAUCUAUAAAACUAAAGGACUUAAUUUAGAGACAGGUGGAAUUUUGUUUGUGGCUCUCAAAGCUUUUUAAAAUGACAUGUAGAUUGCUCAUCAGCAAUGUCUCUUUCCAGAAACAGUGAUGUGGUUAAUCAGGAUUAUCACUGUUAUAAUUUUACAUUGAGGCUAUUUUAAAACUGUCCAGAAUGGAAGCUCUAAAAAUCACUUUAAAUAAAACUAAUUAUCUGCAUCGCUAGGGCUAAGUGGAAAAAUAAAUAUUAGAAUUUUUUUAUUUCUGAACUGACCCUUUAAACAAGAACAUAUCCCAACAUAUCAAAAUAAUAAUAAUAUACAAAGGUGCUUUAUUAUCAAAUGCAGGAAUGCAUUAGGAUUUUUAAUGAUUAAAUAUCAUGUCUUCUUACUGCAGAGCAGUUUAUGUAAAUAUCUGUAUAAUAGCUCAUAUCUGUGCUACCAGUUGUGCUGUUGGGGCUGGACUUUGUAUGUUUUUAUUUGUAAACAAUAUUUCCUCCUUCACUAACCAAGUCUCUCUUUGUUCUGUAUCAGUGAACAGCAAAAAGACACUUGAUUAUAAAGAAAUUAAAAGUUUUCAUAAUUCCA